AUGGAAGGAAGUUGGUUCCACAGGAAGAAAGUCUUCUUCUAGCUUGUUCUUGGUCUUCUGUUUCAAGGAAGGGCCAGACCUUUCACCAUCAAUUGCUCAGGGUUUGGCCAACAUGGCGUGAAUCCUGCUCUCCUGGAUUCGGUGUUUAACAGGAAAGCCUUUCGUCCAGUCACCAACUUCAGCAUACCCACCCAAGUGAACAUCUCCUUCACCAUGUCUGCCAUCCUAGAUGUGGAUGAACAGCUACAACUAUUGUCUUCAUUCCUGUGGCUGGAAAUGGUCUGGGAUAACCCAUUUAUCCGCUGGAACCCAGAGCAGUGUGAAGGCAUCAUGAAGAUCAGUGUGGCAACCAAGAAGUUGUGGCUCCCAGACAUUUUUAUCACAGAAUUCACUGACAUAGAUAAGACCCCAAAAGGCCUCACAGCAUAUGUAAGUAAUGAAGGUCACAUCAAGUAUAAGAAACCCAUGAAAGUAGCUAGUAUCUGCAACUUAGACACCUUCUACUUCCCCUUUUACCUACAGAACUGCACACUUACCUUCAGUUCAGUCCUCUACACAGUGGAUAAAAUGCUGCUGGGCAUGGAGAAAGAAGUGUGGGAAAGAAGCGACACGUCCCAGGACAUCGUUCAGACCCACGGGGAGUGGGAGCUCCAGGGCAUCAGCAAGGCCUCCCUGAAGAUGCCUGUGGGCAGCAACCUGUAUGAUCAGAUCACAUUCUACGUGGCCAUCAGGCGAAGGUCCAGACUCUACAUCCUAAACCUCCUGGUGCCCAGCAGCUUUCUGGUUGCCAUCGACGCCCUCAGCUUCUACCUGCCGGCAGAAAGUGGGAACCGGGCCCCAUUCAAGAUAACCCUUCUGCUGGGCUACAAUGUCUUCCUGCUCAUGAUGAACGACUUGCUCCCCACCAAUGGCACCCCCCUCAUCAGUGUCUACUUUGCCCUGUGUCUGUCCCUGAUGGUGGUCAGCCUGCUGGAGACCGUCUUCAUCACCUACCUGCUGCACCUGGCCACCACCCAGCCCCCACCCAUGCCUCGCUGGCUCCACUCUCUGCUCCUCUACUGUGCCCGCCCAUUCAAGUGCUGCCCCACUGGGCCCCAGGAGGGAAACAACAGCCUGGGCCCCACUCCCACCCACCUGCCUGGGGUGAAGGAGCCUGUGGAGUUGGUGGGGAAGGUGCCAGGUCCCAGGGAGGCAGAGGUGAAUGGUCCCGGGUCAACAUGGGCCCAGCGGGAAGCUGAGGCUCAGAAGCAGCACUUGGUCAGCCUGUAGGUGCAGUUCAGCCACGUGAUGGACACCCUGCUCUUCCGCCUCUACCUGCUCUUCAUGGCCAUCUCCAUCACCACGGUCAUCGUCCUCUGGAACACCUAG